GUCGGAGCAAAAAGUUCGCGCGCUGGCUUCCGACAGAACAACAGAAGGUGUCAUGGCGGAGGUGGAGAUGGCCGACGCGGGAGCUGAAGAGGCCUCAACCAAGAGCUCCGGUGGCCAUCACGAGCUGCCCUGGGUGGAGAAGUACCGGCCGCUGAAGCUCAGUGACGUCAUCGGGAACGAGGAGACGGUGAGCCGGCUCGAGGUGUUCGCACGCGAGGGGAACGUGCCGAACGUCAUCAUCGCAGGUCCUCCAGGAACAGGGAAGACCACCAGCAUCCUGUGCCUGGCCCGCGCGCUGCUGGGAGCCUCCAUGAAGGACGCCGUGCUGGAGCUCAACGCCUCCAACGAGAGGGGGAUCGACGUGGUGAGGAACAAGAUCAAGAUGUUCGCUCAGCAGAAAGUCACGCUGCCCAAAGGACGACACAAGAUCGUCAUCCUGGACGAAGCCGACAGCAUGACGGACGGUGCCCAGCAGGCGCUGAGGAGGAUCAUGGAGAUCUACUCCAAGACCACACGCUUCGCCCUGGCCUGCAACGCCUCGGACAAGAUCAUCGAACCCAUCCAGUCGCGCUGCGCCGUGCUGCGCUACUCCAAGCUGACGGACGGCCAGGUGCUGGCGAGGCUGCAGGACGUCGUGGAGCAGGAGCGCCUGGCGGUGUCCGACGACGGGCUGGAGGCCGUCAUCUUCACCGCGCAGGGAGACAUGAGACAGGCUCUGAACAACCUGCAGUCCACCAACUCCCGGCCUUUGGGCUACGUCAACAGCGGAAAACGUAUUCCAAAGUGUUGCGAUGAGCCCCACCCGCUGCUGGUGAAAAGCAUGCUGGGACAUUGCGUGGAGGGCGACAUCGACCAGGCAUACAAGGUGGUGGAGCAGCUGUGGGCGCUGGGCUACUCUCCGGAGGACAUCAUCGGGAACAUCUUCAGGGUCUGCAAGACUUACCAGAUGGCCGAGUACCUCAAGCUGGACUUCAUCAAGGAGAUCGGGUACACGCACAUGCGUGUGGCUGAAGGCGUGAACUCUCUGCUGCAGAUGGCCGGUCUGCUCGGUCGGCUCUGCAGUAAGACGGCGCCCCCUGCUGCCAGCUGACGGCGCUCCGAGCUCCGCCUCCUGUACAUUUAGUUACUCAUGCUUGUUGCUCUUGUUUCAAACUGAUGGUUUGCGUUUGUCUGGUGAAGCAAAAACUACAAUAAAUUGUCUUUUCACAGA